ACGACCAAGAAGAAGAUGAAACUGUUGUGGUUUAGCUUGGCGUUGCUUUGCGCUCGGUGUUAGCGGCCACGUCUCAGCCGCAGGUGCACACACGCGCUUCGCCCAGGAGACGUUCAUGUUUGCGUGGACUGGGUGUUGACUCGGCAAACACUCCCUCAUGCUGUAGACCAUGGCAGACUGCGCCGCUGCUUGUUUAGCUCAUUCGAAGCCCGUGUUGCCGCCAACAAAUAGCGGCUAGUUGAACAUUGAACUUCCUGCUGCCGUCGCGGGUUUUGCGCUUGAGCUCCAAGUGAAGCGGCCACAAUCAAACGCAGGAACAGCAGUACUUUAACAUUUUAAGCAUUCCCAUCAAUCACUACAAGGAGAAGACUCUGGCUAAAUACUGGACCAAUAAGAAGAUGGACUAACCAGGCAAACUCUUGUCAACUCCUCCAUCCUCCUCCUAUCACCCACCUGUGCGGCCCCUGGAGGCCCCCGGGCAGCAGCCGCGAUGCCAGGUGGCAGGCAGACCCCCAAGCACACCCUGUGGUGCCUUCUGUCACCGUUCAGCAACCGGCAAGAGCGCGUGGUGCUGGCCCGCAGUGAGAGCCUACCGGGGGAGCAGGUGCUCAAGAUCACAGUAACGGAAACCACAGUGAUCGAGGCGGAAUCUGGGGUGUGGAAUGUGAGAUCCCUGACCUACCUAGGCCUCUGGUUCUUCUUCAGCUUCUGCACCCUCUUCCUCAACAAGUACAUUCUGACGCUGCUGGAGGGGGAGCCCAGCAUGCUGGGUGCUGUUCAGAUGUUGUCUACCACAGUCAUUGGCUGUCUAAAAAUGUUUAUCCCUUGUUGCCUUUACCAGCACAAAUCCAGAACCGAGUACCCUCCAAACUUUGUAAUGAUCAUGUUGUUUGUUGGACUCAUGAGGUUCACCACCGUGGUCCUGGGCUUGGUGAGCCUGAAGAAUGUGGCUGUGUCAUUUGCAGAGACGGUGAAGAGUUCGGCGCCCAUUUUUACUGUGAUCAUGUCUAGACUGAUACUCGGGGAGUACACAGGGGUGUGGGUGAACCUGUCCCUGUUCCCAGUCAUGGCGGGCCUGGCCCUUUGCACAGUCACAGAGAUCAGUUUCAACACGCUCGGCUUCUCCGCUGCUCUCUCCACCAACAUUAUGGACUGUUUGCAGAAUGUUUUCUCCAAGAAACUGCUCAGUGGAGACACUUACAAGUUCAGCCCUCCAGAGCUGCAGUUCUACACGAGUGCAGCAGCAGUUAUCAUGCUUGUGCCUGCCUGGGUCUUCCUCUUGGACAUUCCAGUAAUUGGGAAAAGUGGCCGUAGCUUCAUUUUCAGCCAAGACAUUAUCCUGUUGCUGCUUUUUGAUGGGGCCCUGUUCCACCUGCAGAGUGUCACUGCCUAUGCUCUCAUGGGGCGGAUUUCCCCUGUUACCUUCAGUGUUGCCAGUACUGUGAAGCACGCCCUGUCGGUGUGGCUGAGUGUCAUCGUGUUCAGUAACCAGAUCACCGUUCUCAGUGCCACCGGCACCGUCCUCGUGUUCAUCGGCGUGUUCCUCUACAACAAAGCCAGGCAGAUACAGAGGAAGACCUUACAGGCCAUGGCCGCGGAGCAGAACCACAAGGCGCUACGACACGGCCUGGACUUCCAAGCUUCCCAUUCUCACUGAGAACAGCACAGUUAUGACUAAGACGGAGCUGUUGGCUUACUGCACCUGUGGCUGUCCUCAUGAAGUGGCUGCUUACUUUGCUCUCUGCACUUGAAGGAGUCAUUCAUGUUUUCUGUUCAGUGCCACUGUCAGGAAGACCUUUGGUGACUGGCUUGGUGAAGGUCAGGGCUUGUUGACAGAGCCAUCAUUAAACCUGUGGAACAAUGUGUAAGUAUGUUUCUGUCCCUAACGAAACGACAUCCUGUGGUGGUCUGUGCGAGGGGAUCUCAGGCCUUCAGCUCACUGAUGUGAUACAGCGUCUGCUCCAUGUACGUUAUUGUCAAUAUGUGCAGAACGUUGUAGCUGUAAAAGUUUAAUUUGCGACGAUGGAGCCUGUUUUGCAUUAUGGGACGUAAAUUUUGUCUUAGUUGCACUUAAGUAAUGAUGUGUACUGGGCCAAAGUGGAGUUUGGAGGCUGGUCCACCCGGAGGUGGGCUGGCCAUUUAACACACUUGUAAAGAAUGUGUGGAACAUUUAAAAGGCACAUACUGCAUUCUAGGAAUGCUCAUUAUUGACCAUGAACUUGUAUCUGACCCACCUACUGUGCAUGCUGCUGGGUGGCGAACGGAUGGAUCACCAAACCUGCUUAUGACCUGAGUUCUGCUUCUCCACUGGUUCAGUUAUGUCCAACAGUCAGACAACAAACGACACUAAACUCACACCAUCACAUGGUGAACUGUAAACCUAAAACAGAACAGUUCUUGUAAAAAUAUAUCUGUUUACAAUCCAGUUCCUGGUUUACCUCAACCCACUGUCCUGUUUGUGCAAAGAGGGCUCAUUCAGCUGCUGUUGAUUUUGGUUUUGGUGAUGUAUAGAAAUUGGCUAAUUUGCAUUUGUUUGCAAAUGAAAUCUUUCCAACAGCAUAUGUGCGUGUCAGGAAGAAGAUGAACCGGAUGAACAAAUUCCAACUUUCAAUUCCUGCCUUUAUUUCCUCCUAUGCUCAUAUUUGUGUCUGGCAUUUGCACUUUUUUUUUUUUUGAAACAGAACAAAGUGCUCUGUGUGUCCGUUAAGUCAAAAAUGUGUUGGCCACUGUUGGUCUCACACCUGUGUCCUUUUUUUCCCAGCUUUUCUUUUGUGCCUCAACAAGUACCUUUAUUUUUUUGUUGUGUCUUACACACACACUCAGGCAACUUGUUUGAAUGGAACCAAAAGUGUUAUCAGACUUGAACAUAUAGUUUAUGUUGUGUGUUAUUUUGCAUUACCAUUUGAAAAUGUCUUUCUUUGUCAAGUGCUUUUAAAAACAAAAGUGGGCUCUGCUAUUUCUUUAAACACUAGUCUCUCUCAUUAAAUCUUAAGUGCUGCUUCUUGGGGAAACUGUCUUUGUGUGUAUUUGUAUCAUCAAAGGUUCACAAAUAGAAUGAGACUGAAAAGAGCAUGUAGUGUAUGGGCCUGUUCAUAUGUGAGAUGUGGUGGUCAUAAUUGAUGUAACUCCUUAGUGAGGAUCUAAUUGUGUUAUUGGAUGCUGUUAAUAAAAAAAAGAUGUUUUCUUCACCAA